AUGAAAGCAGCGAGAUAUUAUGGCAACCAUGACAUUCGAAUCGACCAAGUCGAGGAACCAACACCGGGUGAAGGUCAACUCAUAGUAGAUGUCGAAUGGUGUGGCAUCUGCGGCUCCGACCUGCACGAAUACCUCACCGGCCCCUCCAACUUGAUUCCCACCCCAGCCAACCCCACCCCCUCUGGAGUCCACAUUCCCAUCACCAUGGGCCACGAACUCUGCGGUCGAGUCCGCCAUCCCCCUCCCGGUUCCCAAUUCAAACACAACGACCCCGUCAUGAUCGAUCCACGCAUCACCUGUCGAAACUACAACCAUCCUUCCUCUUCCUCUCCAUCCUCAUCUCCAUCUCCCUGCCUCCCCUGCUCCUCCCACCUCUCCCACUGCUGCUCCCAACUCGGCUACGUAGGCGGCACCACAGGCUUCGGCGGCUUCGGGCAAGUCGUCGUGAUAUCCGAAGAUCGCCUCUUGCCCCUCCCACCCUCCAUCAGCCUCGAACACGCCGCCGUCAUCGAACCCUUGAGUGUCGUCCAUCACGCCAUCAAAAUCUCCUCGAUCCCUGCGGAUUCGUGGAAAGAGAAAUUCGUCUUCGUCAUUGGAGGUGGGCCGAUUGGGUUUGCUUUACUUUUGAUUUUGAAGGCGUUGGGUGCGGAGAAGGUGAUGGUUUCGGAGCCGACUGCUACGAGGAGGAGGCAGGUGAGUGAGGUGGCGUGGAAAGUUGUGGAUCCUGUUGGGGAGAAUGUGGUGGAGAGGGUGAGUGAGUGGACCGGGGGAAAAGGGGUGGAGGUAGUUUUUGAUUGUGCUGGGGUGGAAGUGGGGUUGAAGAGUGGGAUGGAGGUGUUGAGGAAUUAUGGAUUGUAUGUGAUGGUUGCUGUUUGGCCGAAGCCGAUCACAAUCCCCUGCUGGACUUUCCUCGCCAAACACAUCACCAUGAAAGGCACUCUCAUCUUCGCAGACUCCGACAUGGAAGAAGUCAUCGCCAUGAUGGCAGCUGGAAAACUCGCAGGUUAUGAGAAAUUGGUCACGGGACGCAUCGCAUUAGAUGAUAUCGUAAAGGAAGGCUUUGAAGAAUUGGUAAAUCAUAAAGAUGAACAUAUUAAAAUUUUGGUUACGCCGAAUCGGAGACGGGAUAGUAUUACGGAGUAGGUAAUGCAUGGAUGGAUGGAUGGGAGGUUGGGGAACGG